AUGUCCCUCCCAAUCCGGUCCCUAACACGGACCCUUACGCGCGCCUCUCGCCCGUCGUCCCUCCUUCCCUCGCAAACCCGCUCCCAGCUCCCAAAAAAUGUCCCCCGACUCAUCACAACAUCAACGCCGGCAUUCCGCACACAAACCCAAUCGCACGCCUUCUCAACGACAACAUCCCGCUCCAAAGCCCGCACCAUGGGCCAGCUGCGCCAGCGCGGCUCCACGGGCCCGUUCUCCUGGAAGGCGGCCCUGCUGUUCGUGCUUACCGGCGCCGGAAUGAUUGUUUACUUCCGAGUUGAGAAGGAGAGGCUCGAGCGGAAACGGAUUGCAGAGAUGAGUAAGGGUGUUGGGAGGCCGAAGGUUGGAGGUCCGUUUGUGCUGAGGGAUUUGAAUGGGGAAGUUUUCACCGAGGAGGCGCUGAAGGGGAAGUAUUCUUUUGUAUACUUUGGCUUCACGCAUUGUCCCGACAUUUGCCCCGACGAGCUGGACAAAAUGGCUGAGAUUAUUGAUAAAGUGAAGGAGGCUAACGGUGGAGAGAAUGUCUUUGUACCGGUGUUCAUAACGUGUGAUCCCGUGCGGGAUACACCCGAGGUGCUGCAGAAUUAUCUGCAGGAGUUUCAUAAGGAUAUUGUUGGGUUGACGGGGACAUACGACCAGGUGAAGCAGGUCUGCAAGGCCUACCGGGUUUACUUCAGCACGCCGCGUGAUGUGAAGCCGGGCGAGGAUUAUCUGGUUGAUCACAGUAUCUACUUCUAUCUCAUGGAUCCUGAGGGUGACUUUGUCGAAUGUAUCGGACGGCAGGACACGCCCGAGUCCGCGACGAACACAAUCAUGCAGCAUAUCAACGACUGGAAGAGAGAAGGAAGACCUCUGAAGAAGGACUAG